GCCGUGGAUCUCGAGCUGCCGCUUGGGGAGUGACGAUGCAAAAUAACUCCAAGACCAGAGAGAUGUUUAUCGUCCGAGCUUUGGAAAAGAUACUGGCCGAUCGAGAUGUCAAGAGAUCGCACCUCUCGCAGCUCAGGAAGUCCUGCGAGUCUGCGCUCGAGGACCUGCGCAACGAGAUCAAAGAUGUACCAGCUGUGCAGGGCGAAGAGGUUACCUCGAACGCCCUGCCGCAACCCAAGAGCGACUCCAAUGUCAUUACCGCCGAGAAGUACUUCUUACCGUUUGAGUUGGCGUGCCAGAGCAAGUCACCGCGGAUCGUGGUCACGGCGCUGGACUGCCUGCAGAAGUUAAUCGCAUACGGCCACCUCACUGGCAAUGUGCCCGACUCAACGGAGCCUAGUAAGCUGCUGAUCGUGCGCAUCGUCGAGACAAUCUGUGGCUGCUUCACCGGCCCGCAGACUGACGAGGGUGUGCAGCUGCAGAUUAUUAAGGCCCUGCUGACUGUGAUGACGAGCCAGCACGUGGAGGUGCACGAGGGCACGGUGCUGUUGACGAUUCGUACCGUUUACAACGUUUACUUGGCGUCGCGUAACCUGGUGAACCAGACAACAGCCCGUGCGACCCUCACGCAGAUGAUCAACGUCAUCUUCGCGCGAAUGGAGACCCAGGCGGAGGAGGAGAGCGUCAGGAUCGACGGUGAUCAUCAGCAGGAGGUGCCUGUCGUGGCAAACGGCGAGGCUGAGAGCGAGCUGAGUCCGGAGACUAGUCCUGGUAAUGACACCGUCGAUCCUCAAACGAUCGUCAAGGGCAUUCUGGAUGACGUGGUGAAAUCCGUGGUGCCAUUGGAAGAGGAAGUCAGUUUGGAGAACGGCAGUCCGGAGGACAACGGUGACGAGGUGACCGCUGAGAAUGACAACAUGGUAACUGCCAAAUUCACCCAUGUGCUGCAAAAGGACGCGUUCCUGGUGUUCCGCGCUCUCUGCAAGCUCUCUAUGAAACCGCUGCCGGACGGCACUCCCGAUCCAAGAUCGCACGAGCUACGUUCCAAGAUCCUGUCGCUUCAGUUACUCCUCGGGAUCUUGCAGAACGCCGGGCCGGUACUGCGCUCCAACGAGAUGUUCGUUAUCGCCAUCAAGCAGUACUUGUGUGUCGCCCUGUCCAAGAAUGGUGUAUCCUCGGUGCCAGAGGUGUUUGAGCUGUCGCUGGCAUUGUUCCUGGCGCUUCUCGCGCGUUUCAAGAUGCACCUGAAGAUGCAGAUCGAGGUGUUCUUUAAGGAGAUCUUCAUGAACAUCCUCGAGACCUCCAGCAGCUCUUUCGAGCACAAGUGGAUGGUGAUACAUGCGCUCACGAGGAUCUGCGCGGACGCCCAGAGCGUCGUCGACAUCUACGUUAACUACGACUGCGAUCUCUCGGCGGCGAAUCUCUUCGAGAGGCUCGUCAACGAUCUCUCUAAGAUCGCCCAGGGUCGUCAGGCACUGGAGCUAGGUGCAUCGCCAAAUCAGGAGAAAUCCAUGCGCAUCCGUGGCCUCGAAUGCCUCGUGUCUAUUCUGAAGUGCAUGGUGGAGUGGAGUCGGGAUCUUUAUGUGAAUCCGAGCGUGCCAGCGGAUCAGCAACCGUUGUCGGAUCCGCCGGAUACGACGCCGGACACCCCGCUGCCGCGUUACGGUAGCGCCGGCAGCCUCUCGUCGGCCAACUCCAGUCUGACCGGCAACAAGGAGGUGCCGGACUCGCCGGAGCAGUACGAAGUGCAGAAGCAGCAGAAGGAGGUAUGGGAGACCGGUAUCGAGAUCUUCAGCCGGAAGCCCGGCAAGGGUGUGCAGUACUUGCAGGAACAAGGACUGCUCGGUACUUUACCGGAGGACGUGGCCAGGUGGCUGCACUUGGACGAGCGGCUCGACAAGACCGCCAUUGGGGACUUUCUGGGCGAUCAUAAUCAUAACCAGGUAAUGUACCAUUACAUCGAUCAGAUGAACUUUGCCGAACGCGAUUUGGUAACCGCACUCAGGUAUUUCCUGGAGGGCUUUCGGCUGCCCGGCGAGGCCCAGAAGAUCGACCGACUGAUGGAAAAGUUUGCCAGUCGCUAUUGCGAGUGCAAUCCUAAUAAUGGCCUCUUUACGAGCGCGGACACAGCCUACGUUCUCGGCUUUUCAAUCAUAAUGUUGACUACUGAUUUGCACUCGCCGCAGGUUAAGAAUAAAAUGACUAAAGAACAAUACAUCAGGCUUAAUCGACGCAUCAGCGACAACGAGGAUCUUCCUGAGGAAUAUCUAUCUAGAAUUUACGACGAAAUCGCCGGUAACGAGAUCAAAAUGAAGUCGAACCCCAAUAACAGCCGACUUGCCGGCAAGCAGCUGAUUUCUAGCGAAAAGAAGCGACGGUUGCUAUGGAACAUGGAGAUGGAAGUGAUUUCUACAGCGGCGAAGAAUCUGAUGGAAUCCGUCAGCCACGUUCAGGCACCGUUCACCACGGCGAAGCAUCUGGAACAUGUACGGCCGAUGUUCAAAAUGGCCUGGACGCCAUUCCUCGCGGCGUUCAGCGUCGGACUUCAAGACUGCGACGAUCCCGAGAUCGCGUCGCUCUGCUUGGACGGUAUCAGAUGUGCCAUUCGCAUCGCCUGCAUCUUUCACAUGAGCCUCGAACGCGAUGCCUACGUACAAGCUUUGGCGAGAUUCACCUUGUUGACAGCAAAUUCUCCUAUUACCGAAAUGAAGGCGAAGAACAUCGAUACCAUCAAGACCCUCAUCACAGUAGCUCAUACCGAUGGCAACUACCUAGGCAGCUCGUGGCUCGAUGUCGUCAAAUGUAUCUCCCAGCUGGAGUUGGCGCAGCUGAUAGGCACGGGAGUGCGGCCACAAUUGCUGGGCCCACCGUCGAAACCGCACUUCCCCUCGCCAUUAGCGAACUUUGGCAAUCUCGCGCACUCUGCCAGCUCGCACCAGACCAACAAUCUCAACUUGAGCUCAUUGGACCCCAGUGUGAAGGAGUCCAUUGGUGAAACCAGCUCGCAGAGCGUCGUCGUGGCCGUUGAUCGUAUCUUUACCGGCUCGACGAGACUCGAUGGUGAUGCUAUUGUCGAAUUUGUCAAGGCUCUCUGCCAGGUUUCUCUCGAGGAACUUGCACACCCCACGCAACCGCGCAUGUUCUCUCUUACGAAGAUUGUCGAGAUCUCUUACUACAACAUGGGUCGUAUUAGGCUACAGUGGUCCAGGAUCUGGCAAGUCCUCGGCGAUCAUUUCGACAGGGUAGGCUGCAGUCCACGACAGGAUAUCGCGUUUUUCGCAGUGGAUUCUCUGAGACAGCUGGCAACCAAGUUCAUCGAGAAGGGCGAAUUUGCCAACUUCAGAUUCCAAAAAGACUUCCUUAGACCGUUUGAACACAUCAUGAAGAAGAACAGAUCGCCUGUGAUUAGAGAUAUGGUUGUGAGAUGCGUGGCGCAAAUUGUUCAUUCGCAAGCGCCGAAUAUUAGGUCCGGUUGGAAGAACAUUUUCAGCGUUUUCCACCACGCGGCCAGCGAUCGUGAUGAAUCUGUCGUCGAGCUGGCCUUUUCCAUGACCGGCAAGAUUAUCAACGAGCUAUACGCAGAAGAUUUCAGCAUCAUGGUGGAUUCCUUCCAAGACGCCGUUAAAUGCCUGAGCGAGUUCGCGUGCAACGCGUCUUUUCCGGACACCAGCAUGGAGGCAAUCCGACUAAUACGUUCCUGCGCUUCUUACAUUGAUGCGAAUCCCAGUCUGUUUGCCGAGGGUAUGAUGGACGAUAGCGGAAUGGUCUCCGAGGAAGAUCGAGCCUGGGUGAGAGGAUGGUUCCCGCUGCUGUUUGAAUUAUCCUGCGUUGUGAGUAGAUGUAAGUUGGACGUCAGGACGCGCGCACUGACUGUGCUCUUCGACGUCGUCAAGACCCAUGGUGCGUCCUUCAAGCCUCAUUGGUGGAAGGACCUCUUCCAGGUCCUUUUCAGGAUCUUUGACAACAUGAAGCUGCCCGAACAGCAUACCGAGAAAGCUGAGUGGAUGACAACAACGUGCAAUCAUGCGCUGUAUGCCAUCGUGGAUGUGUUCUCGCAGUUUUACGAUAUUCUGGGCCCCUUGUUGCUGGAGCAGCUUUAUUUCCAGCUUCUCUGGUGCGUCCAGCAGGACAACGAACAGUUGGCACGCUCGGGCACCAACUGUCUGGAGAAUCUAGUCAUCAGCAAUGGCAUCAAGUUCGACGAGCAGACUUGGGAGAAAACCUGCCAAUGCGUCCUGGACAUUUUCGAGAGCACUCUACCGUCCGCGCUGCUCACGUGGAAGCCACACCCGCAGAACAAGGAGUCUGACCUCGACGUGAUCACCGGCGAGUCCGAUGGUCUUCACGUUGGUAUUCUGAAGAGGAGCAACAGCGCACAGAGCCUGAACGUGGAGACCUUGCCGAAGGCCAAGCUUUUCUCUGCGUUGCAGAUCAAGUGUGUGGUUCAGCUUGAGUUAAUACAGACCAUCGAUAAUAUCGUUUUUUACCCGGCGACGUCGCGCAAGGAGGAUCAGGAGAAUUUGGCGCUCGCGCAGGCCGACAUGCUGAACGGCAAGUCGUCGGAACUUGUAAAGGCUGGCGCUGAUCAGCAGAAGGAGGAGCAAGGCAUGUAUUGUGCCCUGACGACCAAUCAUCUCCUGCAGCUGGUGGAGUGUCUGCUGCGGUCGCAUCGCUUCGCUAAGAGCUUCAAUUCCGAUCACGAGCAACGCAACGUGCUGUGGAAGGCCAGCUUUCGCGGUAACAUGAAGCCUAAUCUGCUGAAGCAAGAGACGCAGUCGCUCGCGUGCGCGCUGCGAAUCCUCUUCAAGAUGUACAGCGACGAGGCGCAUCGCGCAGAUUGGUCCAAGGUCGAGGCGCGGCUGGUCGAGGUGGCGUGCGAGGCCCUGGAAUAUUUCCUGGCGCUCGCCAACGAGGCCCACCGCGACGCUUGGACCCCGAUUCUGCUGUUGCUGCUCACUCGGAUUCUCAAGAUGAGCGAUCAUCGCUUCGCGGUCCACGCCUCCACCUGCUAUCCUUCUCUGUGCGAGGUCAUGUGCUUCGAUCUCAAGCCCGAGCUUAGGUCGGUGUUGCGCAGAUUUUUCCUCAGGAUCGGACCGGUCUUCAGGAUCACCCAGCAGUAGUAGCGGGCUGGCGAGUGUAGCGAUGGGCUGCCGACGGGCACUCGGGAUUGUCUCGAACACGGGGCUUUCGAUUGAAUUGCCGCAACGUCGCUCGCAACAGAGACGACGAUGCCGCAUGCGUCGUCUCCGCCCCGGCAAUAGGAUUGUAAUUAAGUGUAAAGCGCGUUUAGAUACUUUGGCUCGUGUUAAAUUAUUUACAUACGAUCCACACGACUCUCUCGCAUAAAUUUCUACACCGCAUAAAACUCUCUUUAGCGUGUUCGCGUUGUUUUACAUUCAAGCCGAUCCGCACCGACUUCGCCAUUGCUCCGCGUCGCAUAUAACGCUCAAAUGUGGCUCGGAUUUUAUCGUACGCUGUUCAACGUAUGUAUUCAUAUAUUAAUUGCGGUAAUUUGUGACUACACGUUAUUGAUAUAAGCUUUUAAUAUAAUUGUAUAAUGUCAUUGAUUGAUACUUUAUUUCUAUUAAUAAACCAUUAAUGUGAACAAUGUUAACGCUCGUAUUCCACAUUUAGCGCUGACUAUGCGGCAAGAAUACGCACUCUUGUGCACGCUGUUCGCCGGAGGAAUCGUUGGAUCGUAUGCGAGCGGUUUAAUGUCACGUGUAUGUACACGCGCGUUUAUGUAUUAUAAUGAGGUGUAUACAGGCAGUGAUGCGGGAGAUUGGAAAUUGGCAAUGUGCAUCCUCAUUCGAUGAAAAACGUAGGAUUUAAGUUAUUCAGACGAGACAGCCAUUCUCGCAUAUUUAAUUUCACACCCCGAGGAAAUCACUGAUUGUUCGUGUAUUCAGACAUGAGAGAAGUCUGAUUUUGAAGAUCUGACAGUUUUAGUCGAGAGAAUGCGAAUUCCGUUUCGGUCGCUGAUCCAUUUAGUCUUUAUUUUUCUCCUUUUAAAUGUCGUUUUACUUGAACUGCGCGACAAGGAAAGAGAGAGACGGGCGAGGGCCGAGGGCCGUCGCGGAUAUCCCCAGGUGUCCCGAGAGACGCCGCGAGAUAUGUAUACAUUAUAAAUAGCGAUCGGAGUAGUUAGGUGUCGCGAAAAACUAUAGUCUUUAUAUAAUUUCAUAGAGAGAGAGAGAGAGAGAGAGAGAGAGAGAGAGAGAGAGAGAGAGAGAGAGAGAGAGAGAGAGAGGAAACGAGAAGAGAAAGAGAGAAAAUGCGUGUAUGCGAGUGAAAAGAGAUACGUAGGAAAUUUCUCAAGGCACCCUGAAAAUGACGUCAUCAACAUUAGAAUCAUUGCAUAUGUAUAUUUGUGUCGGAGCAAAAUAAUAUAACGCUUAAAUAACUUAUAUAAAUACAAAUAUAUAUAUAAAUAGCAAGUUUGUGUGAGCAGUUCUCUGACGUGGUUCGAAAAUUAUUUAAAUAAAUUCGGCGAAAAAUUAA